AUGAACAACAAUUCAGCAAAGAGCCCUAUGAUCGUCUCGUUCGGCGAGAUGCUAAUAGACUUCGUUCCUGAUGUUGCCGGCGUUUCCUUGGCUGAAUCCUACGCUUUCAUCAAAGCUCCCGGCGGCGCACCUGCUAACGUUGCAUGUGCCAUCGCUAAGCUCGGAGGCAACGCUGCCUUCAUUGGCAAAGUAGGAGACGAUGAGUUCGGUCACAUGUUGGCGAAUCUGUUGAAGAAGAGCGGAGUGAACAGCGACGGGAUCUGCUUUGACAAAGAUGCGAGGACUGCGUUGGCAUUCGUUACGCUGAAGGCGGAUGGGCAAAGGGAAUUCAUGUUUUAUCGAUCCCCUAGUGCGGAUAUGUUGUUGAAAGAAUCGGAGUUGAAAUUGGAUCUCAUUAAGCAAGCCAAGAUAUUCCAUUAUGGAUCCAUAAGUUUGAUAUCGGAACCCUGCAAAUCAGCUCACAUGGCCGCCAUGAAAGCGGCUAAACAGGCUGGGGUUUUGCUUUCUUAUGACCCUAAUGUUCGCUUGCCUUUGUGGCCUUCCCCUGAGGCUGCUAGGGAUGGGAUUAAGAGCAUAUGGGAUCAAGCUGAUUUUGUCAAGGUUAGUGAUGAUGAGGUGGAAUUUCUGACCAAAGGAGACCCUAAAAAGGAUGAUGUUGUUAUGUCUUUAUGGAAUGACAACUUCAAGUUGCUUAUUGUCACUGAUGGACCAGAAGGUUGCAGAUACUUCACUAAGAAAUUCAAAGGAAAGGUGAACGGCUACAAAGUGAAAACCAUCGACACCACCGGAGCCGGCGACGCUUUUGUCGGUGCAUUUCUACAAGCUGUAGCCAAAGAUCCAAAUCUCUUCAACGAUGAAAAUAAGCUGAAGGAGGCACUGGUGUUUGCAAAUGCAUGUGGAGCAAUUUCUACAACUCAAAAAGGAGCCAUCCCAUCCCUUCCUGACAAGGCUCAAGCUGAAAAUCUCAUCAAAGAAGCCAAAUGAUGUUCU